AUGUUUGUCGGUAAGCCUAAGCAUAUUUACCACCCGGAAACAGGCGAGACGACCAUAGUUCCAGAAUAUUACAAAGAAGAUGAGUAUCUUGUGAUGGCAGCUCUUUCCGAAUCUAAGAAUGAGGUUGAAAAGCGGUCUAAUCCUGAGCCAAUUUCUUUUUCAGAUGUUGAGUACGAUCCAAAUAUUGAUCCCAUGAACAUGGAACAGUACAAUCGCAAGAUUUACAAGGUGAUACCAAUGUUCCAGAAGGAGCUUGUUGAUGACUCAGUGCAGACAGACUUUGAAAUUGAUAAAGGAGGAAUUGGAAUGCAGAAUAUCAGCGAUAAGAAAGUCGAAAAGAACGAUGAUAACGAUUUGCCACCUCGUUAUGAAGAUAUUUUCACAGAAUCGGAUGUCCGUGAUGAUAAUUAUGGUUACAGUAGUGGAGUAUCUUCUCCUUACAAGGAACUUGAAGGAGGUGAUAGAGAAAAGAGGGCCGGAGAUAGGCAUUCUCAUAUUAUGCGUGUUCAUAGAAUACUCGCCGCAUGUCUUUUUGCAUUCGUGCUCAUGUUGUUGGCCGGACAAAAGAUUCAAUGUUAUAAAAAUGUUGCCGAUACCACAGAAAGGGAAACUCAGCCCACAAAAAUGUGUGAUACGGAUUGA